UAAAUGGAAAGUUUUGGCAAGAGAUCUUGAAUUAUUUCUUGAAAAUUGGAAAGGACGAAUUCCAAUUACCAUGUAUUUCAGUGUAGAUCUUUAUGCAAAAUUUUAUUUUACUGCAUAUUGCAUGGAAAUACUUAAUAAAUAUGAAGACAAUGGCGUAUUGAAGAAAUAUAAUUAUUAUCAUGAUAAUUUUUACUUAAUAAAUUAG